CCUCCUCCCGUCUCCGCUCACAAAGACGCAAAGAGCACCGCCACAAGAUUACUUUGUUUCAUCAUGUCUACAGCUAAAACAUAUCAUUUCGACCCGAAGAAAGACAUCCCCUCCCUUGCUGGGAAGGUGAUACUCAUCACUGGCGCCAACACCGGUCUUGGCAAGGCCACUGCCAUCGAACUGGCCAAGCACUCUCCCGCCCAUGUCUACAUCACUUCACGUAACUCCGCCAAGGGAAAUGCUGCCCUUGAGGAAAUCAAGAAGACAGCCAGUGAAGGCACCAAAGUCUCCCUCUUAGAACUUGAUCUCGCCAGUUUUGAAAGCAUCAAGUCUGCUGCUGCCGAGUUCCUCAAACGCGAGGACAGACUUGACGUUCUCUUGCUCAACGCUGGAGUCAUGGGUGCUCCACCUACCUUGACCAAAGAUGGAUAUGAGAUGCACAUGGGAACCAACCAUCUCGGACAUGCACUGAUUCUGAAGCUCCUCAAACCAGUCCUUGACAAGACUCCCAAUGCUCGUGCUGUGCAUCUCAGCUCUGCCGGAUUCCGCCACGUGGGACCAGCGGGCAUUGAAUUCGAUACUCUCAAGUCCGCAAAGAGCGAAACUGCUUUACCUUAUCGAUAUGCCCAGAGCAAACUUGCAUGCCUUCUUUAUGCAAGAGAAGCAGCGAAGAGAUAUCCCAACUUCAAGAUUAUUGCCAUCAACCCAGGCGAAGUUCAAACGGACCUAUUCUCUCGCGAGCCAGGAGAUGAAUUGAUGAAGAGCCUUCAAGAGAAUGUGGCCCCUAAAGUCGCAAUUCCUCUUUCCGAGGGUGUCAAGAAUCAUCUUUGGGCUACUACAGCCCCAGAUAUUGAGAAUGCAGAGUUUUAUGAACCUGUUGGGAAGACUGGUGGGCUGGAGGGGCAUGGCUUGGAUGAUGAGAUGGCGAAGAAGCUUUGGGAUUGGACGGAGGAGCAGCUGAAAGAUCAGGCUCUGUAAUUCCGUGCUUUUUGUUGAGC